AUGUUAACUCUUCUUUUUUCUUCUUUUAAGUCGCAACUUGAGUCGAGCAGCUCCAAACAGUCCUUUGCAUCUCGUGAUUCUGUGCCACCUGCAACGCAACCCGAAGGCCGCCAACGAGCCGAAAGAGAUCAGCACAAGUGGAUGUGCUCUAUAUGCGAAUGUAACUUUCAAGAGGAGAAGGAUUAUAUUACUCACAUCACCUCCAAGAAACACUUGCAACGGGAGUCCAACAGCUCUAAACACUCCCCUGCAGCACCUGAUUCAGUUCCACCCUCCACACAACCGGAAGCCCGCCAACGAGCGAACAGAGACCAGCACAAGUGGAUGUGCUCUGUAUGCCAGUGUGACUUUCAAGAGGAGAAGGAUUAUAUUACUCACCUCUCCACCGAGGAACACUUGCAACGGGAGUCGAACAGCACUAAGCACUCCUCUACUUCUCGUGAUUCAAUGCCACCGUCCACGCAACCUGAAGGUCGGCAACAAAUGAACCAAGACCUGCACAGGUGGAUGUGCUCUAUAUGCAAAUGUGGCUUUGAAGAGGAGGAAGAUUAUAUUACUCACCUCUCCACUGAAGAGCAUAUUGCUAAGGAACAGGCGUCUGCUGCGAUCCCCACAAGCAGUGUUCCGCAAAAGGAAGCGCUCGCACCCGGAUUACAAGAACACCCACCUACAGCUCACAGCGGCCAGCCAAAGGGUAACUAUGAGGAGGUGCAACUAGAGUGGCACAUCUCCAGGAAGAGGUUUGCAUCUCUUGAUGCACUGCCACACUCUAAUCAACCAUCCGGCCACCAGAAUUAG